AUGGACGAAAAACUGACCCAGGUGCGGGCCAGGCUCAACCGCCCGCUGACUAUGACCGAGAAGGUGCUGCUAUCCCACCUGGACGACGUCGACGACGCCGAUUUGCGCCCGGGCGACAGCUACAUCAACCUGCGGCCCGACCGAGUGGCCCACCAGGACGUCACCGGGCAGAUGGCCAUCCUGCAGUUCAUGCAAUCGGGCCGCGACCGCGUCGCCGUCCCGACCACCGUCCACUGCGACCACCUGGUUCAGGCUCGCGUUGGCGCGGACUCCGACCUCCAGGAUGCCCUCAACGAGAGCAACGAGGUCUACCAGUUCCUGGAAUCCUCCAGCCGCCGCUACGGCAUGGGCUUCUGGAGGCCCGGUUCCGGGAUCAUCCACCAGGUAGUGCUGGAAAAGUACGCUUUCCCCGGCUCCCUCAUCAUCGGCACUGACUCCCACACCGUCAACGGCGGCGGCCUGGGUUCCCUGGCCAUCGGCGUGGGCGGGGCGGACGCGGCGGACGUGAUGGCCGGCCUCCCCUGGGAGGUGCGCUAUCCUCGCAUCAUCGGCGUCAAGCUCACCGGUUCCAUGAGCGGUUGGACGGCCCCCAAGGAUGUCAUCAUCAAGUUGGCCUACGAGCUGACCGUGUCGGGCGGCACCAACGCCAUCAUCGAGUACUUCGGCCCCGGCACCGCCUCCAUUUCCGCCACCGGCAAGGGCACCAUCUGCAACAUGGGAGCCGAGCUGGGAGCCACCGGCGACGUGUUCCCCUACGAUGAGCGCAUGGCCACCUACCUCCGCGCCACCGGCCGCGGAGACCUCGUUGCCAUCGCGGAAUCGGACCCAGAGGUCGAGCAGCAGCCGGAACAGUUCUACGACCAGAUUGUGGAAAUCGACCUGUCAACCCUAGAACCCCACGUCACCGGACCCCACUCGCCCGACCGGGCGCGGCCGAUUUCCGAGUUAGCCGCCGAGGUGCAGCGGGAGGGUUUCCCGGAGCGAGUAUCCGUGGCGCUGGUCGGCAGCUGCACCAACUCCUCGUACGAAGACAUGGAACGCUGCGCCGACGUAGCCCGCCAGGCCGCUGCCCGGGGUGUUUCCGCCGCUUCCGGCCUGCUGGUAACCCCCGGUUCCGAGCAGGUCCGCGCCACCAUCGAGCGCGACGGACAGCAGGCUGCGCUGGAAGCCAUCGGCGCCACCGUGCUGGCCAACGCCUGCGGUCCCUGCAUCGGCCAAUGGAACCGACCGGAAGCCCGCGGCACCGAAAACAGCAUCGUCACCUCCUACAACCGCAACUUCCCCAGCCGCAACGACGGCAACGCCGGCACCAUGAACUUCAUCGCCAGCCCCGAGUUGGCCGUGGCCAUGGGGUUGGGCGGCAGCCUGGCGUUCAACCCGCUCACCGAUCCGCUGGUGGAUGCCAACGGCAACGAGUUCAUGCUCCAGCCGCCGACGGCGGCCCCGGAAGUGCCGCCCACCGGCUUCGACCCGGGCGUCGAUAUGUACGUAGAGCCGCCGGAAGAUGGCAGCGACGUCGAUGUCCGCGUCGACCCCAGCAGCAACCGUUUGCAGGUGCUGGAUCCGUGGGCGCCCUGGGACGGCAACGACUUUGAAGACGUGCCCAUCCUGGUGAAGACCGAGGGCAAAACGACCACCGACUCCAUCUCUCCGGCAGGUCCGUGGCUGCGCUUCCGUGGUCACCUCAACAACCUGAGCGACAACAUGUUCCUCGGCGCCAACAACGCCUAUACCGACGAAACCGGAACCGGCAAGAACCAGCUCUCCGGCGAGGAGAUCAUGCCGAUACCGGAGAUCGCCCGCGCGUACAGCGCCCAGGGCAUCCGCUGGGUCGCCAUCGGCGACGAGAACUACGGCGAGGGCUCCAGCCGCGAGCACGCCGCCCUGUCGCCCCGAAUGCUGGGCGCCGCGGCCAUCAUCACCCGCAGCUUCGCCCGCAUCCACGAGUCCAACCUCAAGAAGCAGGGGCUGCUGCCCCUCACCUUCGAGGACCCGUCGGACUGGGAUCGCAUCCUGGAAGACGACCGCAUGAGCCUCGUGGGCCUCAGCGACCUGACCCCCGGUCAGCCGGUGCAGGCGGUCCUCAAGCACGCCGACGGCUCCGAGGAGACGCUCAACCUGCGUCAUACCCUCAACGACCCCCAGAUCGCGUGGUUCCGGGCCGGCAGCGCCAUGAACCACAUGAAGAACCUGGAGGGAGCCGGCAGCUAG